AUGGUCUCCAACCCUUUACUUCUACCAGACCUGUCAACAUUCCUCAAUCGUUUCUCGAAAGACGAACUUUAUCAAAUUGGUUUAACCAUUAUUCAACAAUCACAAUACCCCAUCCAAUUACAACAACAAAUUCAUCAUCCAGGGCCCUCUCAACUUACACCUCGUCGUCUGCCUCGACCUAUCCGUCCGUCUCUCGAAAAUGUUUCGUCCAUUCCUCGUCUCAUGAAUCAUCAACCUCAUUGUUCAAUAGUACGUCCUCUUAUGGAACAACAAACCACCCCCGUAUGUUCUACUCCAAGACGUCCAGCAAGUGAUAGUUUCGACAAUAGUGGCGGAAAUCGUAAUCGUCUAGCAAAACAUCCAAGAAACAAUGAUCAUCCACCUCAUUAUGAACUAAUUGACCAACAACAUCAUCCUAUACUCGCUUCUCCUCAUCAUCAACAACAUGCCUUUAAUCUGAACAUUCUGAAACAUGCGGUUUCCAACAACUUGCCGAGUUUCUUUAUUAUAUUCGAUUCAUCUAUUGAUCCUUCCAGUAUUCCGUCAAGUAUACAAGUUGCUAUCAUGCUCAAGAAAUUAUUUACAAAUAAUCAAUUACCAAUUAAAGAUCUGUCUAUGUGUGUACAAGCCGGUGCUCGAAGAUUUAAAUUCGCUGUAAGUGACAAGGCAGAUUUUUUAACAUUAUUCAAUUGGACUUGGCCCCUUGAAAUCGAAGAUAAAAAGUUUGAAGUUAUCAAGUCUCGUUCAUUGCCAGAUUGUCUUGCUCUGGUAGUACGAUAUGUUCCUUCAGAUAUUAAACAAGAAACUGCCCGGCAACAAAUUUUAAAAGCAAUUCCAGCUGCAGUUGGGUUUUCAACUAUAAAUUAUCAUCAUCGUCAAAAUUCAUUAUAUGAUAUUCGUUUUAAUGUACGUAGUCUAGAACAAUAUCAAACUGCACCUGAUCUUGGUAGACUAGCUAUUGGACACCAUUAUCUACCACUAACAAGUUUCUUUAGUGGCUAUCGAUUAACUUAUUGUACGGCAUGUUGGAAAAUUGGUCAUAUGAGAACUUUAGCUUCUGGUGCUAUUAAAAGACCUUCACCAGGUGAACUUUUCCGUCUAUAUUUACAACAUGCCAAUGAUUUUCCCGUAUUAAAUCAGGCUCAAGUAAGUAGUCAUCCGGAUUGGGCUUCAUCUGAUAAUGAAGCACUACACUCUAACCUAAAAAAGGAGAUGAAUAAUCUCGUCCUAGCUAUUAAAACAUUAUCAGAGACAAUGAUCCGGACUGAAAAAAAAUUCACUGAAUUGAAUAGACGUAUAGAGCUUCAACAUAAUUGCACGAUACUUCAUUAUUAUAGUAUAAGUGCUGUUAUUGAUACGGUACAACGAAUGUCUAAGUGGGUGGAAAGUAAUAAUAAUGAAAAAUCGAAAGUGAAGAAAAAUAUAAAUAAGUCGAUUGAAAAUCUUCAAAAAUGGAAACAAAAAUUAGAUGUAUACCAAAACAACGAACACACUACCCCCAUCCCUUCCCCACAACCAACUACAACAAAUAACAACAGCAUUAAUAACGACACUGGGGAAGUAGAAAUCAAUAAUGACAUUUCAAUUAACUCACUAGGACAAGAUGUCUGACUUCUCUUCUUCUCUUCUUAAUGUUUAUGCCCACCCCUUCCCUCCCACCUCUACCUAUCAUCUUCCUCCAUUGUUAAAAUCACCCUUCAAUUUAGCACUAGACAGACUCGUAAGUUGGAAAUUCUCUCUGAAAAUUCAAAAACGAAUUUUACCAAUUUUAGAAGAAUGGUAUUCUAACUCUACACUUGACAAUAUUCUAACUAAAUGGGAAAACAAUCCUUGCCCUUCAUCUAAUCAAUUUAUACCCUUAAAUGUCAUCACAUAUAAUGUUCAGGGCUGGGGUACCCGGGCCUUGGAAGUAAUGGAUUUAAUCUUUAAGAUUGAUAGACCAGUGUAUGUAUUUACCGAAGUAGGAGAACUAUGGAACAGAUUUAAAGUUCCACACUUUACAUCAUUUUAUCAAAAGGACACUAAUCAUAGCGGAGAAGUUAUGAUAAUGGUAGCGAAACAUCUACGAGCGUCGAGAAUCGAUACCAACAUAGAAAAUACAGUGAUCAUGGAUAUCCAAGGUCUUUCCGAACAAAUUAGAGUUGUUGGUAUAUAUUGGCCUCAAGGUCAAAUUCGUAAUCUAAAUAACUUGUGCCUCUUUAUAGUAAAAGGCACUAUUUUGACCGGUGAUUUCAAUGUAACUUCAGAUGAAUGGGGCAGUCAUUCGACUGAUAAACGUGGUGUUCUUUUGGAAAGUUGGAUCGAAGAAAAUGAACUCACCUUUAUUCCCACUUCUGCUCAUUCCUCUAAACGAUCAGAGCGACACAUCGAUCUAACAUUUACUAAUUUGAAUAGAGUCGAGAAUGAAAUUAUAUUUUUCGGUACAAGUGACCACUGGCCGACAGUCUUAAGCUCUCAAAGUGUAGGAUUUAUAUCCAACGGCUAUUUCCCACACACCGAUUGGAUCACUUAUCAAACCAUUCUAGUACUUCUAGAAGAUUUUUGGACGAAUGAGCGAAAAAAGACCUCAAUUGAUCAUUGGUAUCAGUAUUAUGUACGUUUUCUUACAGCACUUAAAUGUCGUUUGACUCAUUGGAAAGAACGAGAAAAAUAUCGCCCAUCUCUUCCUGCAUACAUAAUUGAACGGCUACGCGAAGUUCGAAAGGUGCGAAAUAAGUACUAUAGAGAAAGGAAAAUAGACGGUGUGGGUAAUGAAGACCUUAGAAUGUUGUUAAGAAAUAUGUGAAGUGAGAUUCGAAAAGAGAUCUACAAUUAUAGAUCGGCUAGAUGAUCCAGCUUUCUAUCAACCAUUCAAGCUGUUCAUGAUAAGCACGAAAGUUCCUUCUGGUCUCAUCUUUCCAAAAUCUACAAACCAAGAACAUUCCCAUUUUCUAAAUUAUCAGUAGGGACUAGAAUCUUAUCCUAUGAGCAGGAAAUCACGAAAGAGCUCUACAACUAUUUUAGAGACCUA